UCCAAGAUGGCGAAAAGAGUGCAUUGAAGCUACUUACGGCGUGUUUUCUUGCAUCGUGAUACCUUGAAUUGUCGACAAUCUCGCAAUAGCGAUAUAUUAUCGUUGUAUAAUUAAAGCGGUAUAAGUGUAUAAUUCUAUAAUCUCGCUAUUGUGUCAACAUGGGUUCCAAUAAACGUCACAAAACCGAGAAGUCUCGUGAUACGAAGAAGAAGCGUCAUCGCAGUCGCUCCAGGAGCUAUACACCCGACCGGAAUGAGAAAUCGGAGAAGCACAGACAUCACAAGAAGCACAGGAGGAAAGAGCGCAAGGAUUAUGAUAGCGAUGUUGAGAUUGUCAACGCUCCACCACCACCGAAAAUAUCAAAAUCAUCACACCCAUCGACGCCUCCACCACCUGAAAUUUCCAAACAGCGCAGCCCAUCCCCUAUAAAAGGCGGAGCAGCACAGACUUCUUUAUCCAUCGAGGAAACCAAUAAGCUUCGUGCGAAAUUAGGCUUGAAACCGUUGGAAAUUGAUAAUACAUCCAAAGAUGACCCCAAUAAAAUCAAGGAUGAUUUGGGAGAAUUCUAUCAUAAACCUGCACCAAAUAAUAAUGAAAAGAUAAGAGCAGAGAAACUAAGAGAAAAGUUAGGUACCCAAAAACAAAAACGACAGAUUGAGGCAAACUUGUCGAAGGUAAAAUCCUUGGGUGAUUAUGAUUCGGACGAUGAUACUCAAGCAUGGAUCACCAAGUCCAGACAAUUGGAAGAAGAGAAAAAGAAAGCAGAGGAGAGAGCAAAGAUGUUGGAUCAAUUGGAUGAAGAAUUUGGAAUCGGUAAUUUGGUUAAGGAAGAAAUACACACUGCUCGUAAUACAGCAUAUACAGGGAAAGAUUUAAAGGGUCUUAAAGUUGAACACAGUAUUGGAACGUUUGAGGAAGGUAAAACAGUGAUCCUAACAUUGAAGGAUCAACCGGUACUAGAUGAAAAUGAUGACCUACUCGUAAAUGUGAAUAUGAUCGAUAACGAACGCUACAAACGUAGUAUUUUAAACAAAACUAAGAAACCUACAUACGAUCCAUACGAUGAUGAGAAUUUCGACGAAUAUGGAUUCCCGAAAUCUAAGAUUCUGGAAAAAUAUGAUGAAGAGAUCGAUGGCGAGAAAAGGGACAAUUUUGUGUUGGGUUCUAAUAACUCGAUGGAAGGGAAACGACGACAAGUGGAAACGGUGAAGCAACGUUUAGCGAAUAAGAAGUUGGAAACCUUGCAAAUGGCCGAACCGAAAUUAGCGAGUGAAUAUUACAAUGAGGAAGAGCUGGCCAAGUUUAAGAAACCAAAGAAAAAGAUUCGGAAAAUUAGAACAAAAAAGAAGUUGAAGGCCGAUGACUUGGUUCCUGUCGAGAAUGACUAUCUCAGGGAUCUUGGAAGUAGAAGAAGGAAGAAACCAGAAGACUCUAAAGAUAAUGAUGCUUUAGAUGUCGAUGAUUUGGAAGCUCCCACAGAGGAUCUUACUGGAAUAAAACUUGAGGAGGAUGAUAAGGAACUUGAGUUACAGUUGGCUUUGAAGAAAGCUCAGCGUUUGAAGGAAGGACAUCCAGGUGGCAUCCAGAAAACUGUCGAAACGAUAAAACAGGAAAUUCUCAAUUCAGAGGAGAAUCAGCCUGGUAAUAUUGUUCUUAAUGCCACUGCGGAGUUUUGCAGAACCUUGGGAGAUAUACCCACGUAUGGGCUCGCUGGAAACAGAGAAGAGAAUGGACAAGAACUUAUGGAUUUCGAAUUGGAUGGGAUUAAAGAUGAGCCACCAGCGAACGAAGACGAAGACGACGGUCGUGGUGCCUGGAAUACAGUACACUUAGACGAGAAUACGUCGGAACCAGUCGUGAUGGAGGCAGCGAUUCUGGACGCCGAGCCCUCACUCGGACACGGGGUGGGUGGGGCUUUGAAAUUGGCAAUGAGCAAAGGUUACUUGCAAAAAGAGGACAGCAAUCGGCCGUCGGCCUCACGAUUUGCACAUCUGCAAGCUCAGAAUUAUUCGAUAGAGGACAAAACAUACGGAGACGACGACAAAUUCGGCAGAAGAGAUCGUUUCAACGGGCCGACGUCUGAUUUCAAAGAGAAAGAAGGUUUCAAGCCAAACGUUAAGCUCGAGUACAUCGACGAUGACGGCCAUGUUCUAAGCGCCAAGGAAGCUUUCAGAUACCUAUCACAUAAAUUUCAUGGGAAAGGUCCAGGAAAAAAUAAGGUGGAAAAGAGGAUGAAGAAAGCCGAGCAAGAAGUUCUCAUGAAGAGGAUGUCUUCAACGGAUACCCCCUUAGGUACACUGAAUUUACUACAAGCGAAACAAAAGGAGACUCAAUCGCCGUACAUAGUACUCAGCGGCAGUAAACAGAUGCAAACGACAAGUAUAUCCAAGACAAAACAUUAAGGAGUAAAAAAAGCAAGGAAGGAUAGGAAUUGUAUAUAACCUUACAUGUAUAGUGUAGCAUCCGGGCAUACAAUACAAAAUUCGUAAUCUCGUGCAACAAAGAUGUCAACCAAAAGGCUCGAGGGCGAAGAACCGCGGUUUUUUUUCUUUCAAUGACGAAAUUAUGAGCAUGGUAUAACAAGCAGAAUAACGACAUACGAAUAACUCCUAGUUCCAAUUCAACCGGUUUUGCAUCUGUGUAACUUGUCUGGGUUUGUAAUACAUCAUUCGAAAGCAUAAAAGUGGAAAUAAUAAUUUUAUAGACUAUUACCUUAUGCAAUAAAGCAAACUUCACACAUAGCAUAAGCACAUUUCUUAAGUGUAUCACCUACCGGAGACGCCGUGGGAAUAAAAUGACCAUUUUCCGUGUG